UGAUAUCCAAGUGUUUGCACACCCGCUAACAACACUUCAAAGCAAAUAAAACCAGAAGUGUUCCAUUGUUGGGUUUAGGAAAACACAAAGAAACUUUCCGCAGCCAUCUCCAAUUUUGAACUGCCACACAAAAGACAGGCUUCUUCUUUUGGCCCUGUAUACAGAUCCAGUAAUAGCAGACUGUUUGUUCUUCUAAUACAAACUAGGCAUCAUCGACAUGUGGCAAUCAUGUAGAGCAAACACAGAUUCAGACAGAAGACCAAAACACUGCCGAUCUCACCUAUAAAUAUGCGAAUCAGAACUGGAUCAUCAACAGUUCUUCGGUUCAGUGAGUGAUCAACAGAGCUAAGGAUGCGAUUCCAACCCCUCUUCGCCUUUGUCCUUCUGGCCAUUUUGGCCACCGCCUACGCCCCUGAUCCGUCGUCAAGUCCUGCGUCGUCCUCCACGCCGUCCAGUUCGUCUGACCCUUCGUCGUCCUCCACUCCGUCGUCGUCUUCAACUCCUUCCUCGUCCUCAACUCCGUCUUCUUCGUCAACGCCGUCGUCGUCCUCAACUCCGUCGUCUUCUUCGACCCCUUCCUCUUCCUCGACCCCUUCGUCUUCUUCAACGCCUUCGUCUUCUGCAACCCCGUCUUCCUCUCCUGCCAGCUCCACGCCAACUUCCCCCAGUCCUGCCUCUUCUACUCCCGCUUCUUCCACCCCGGACAACUCCUCCACCAACUCGGAUACCUCCUCGACUACGUCGGACUCCAACCAAGCCCAGGAAAUUGCCAGGCUGCAAGACAGAGUUAACGAACUGCAGCAGAAUGAGAGGCGAUUGGCAAGGAACGAAAGGCAGUUGCGGAGGCAAGUGCGAAGAGGACGGCGACAGGCAAACCGGCGACGGGGAAACCGGCGACAGGGAAACCGGCGGAACGGACGCCGUCGUAAUGGAAGGAGGAACCGUCGCAGCUAGAAACUUCAAAAUACUAAAAACUGAAUCUGACAAUUCAAAUAAAAUGGUUUUAUAAAAAUGCA